AUGUCUUCAGUAUUUUGUGGAACUAAAAAGCAGAAAUUAAACAAUUCUUAUAGUAAUCAUGAUGACCGACCUUUGAAUGGUUACAACGAAUCAGUGGCUAUUCCUGAUAUGUGUUACUUUUGUUUCGAUGUUUUGUAUAGUCAGCUGCAUAGCAUGGACCCACCGCAAACACCUGAUUUUACGAAUGAGGCAUUUCCCCUUUUUGUAACUUGGAAGAUUGGUAAAGAGCAUCGACUUAGAGGGUGCAUAGGCACAUUCAAUGCCAUGCAUUUACAUUCAGGCCUUCGGGAAUACGCAAUAACAAGUGCCUUUAAAGACUCCCGUUUCUCCCCAAUUACGCGGGAUGAAGUCCCCCGGUUGACGGUUUCCGUGUCUAUCCUGCAGCAUUUCGAGGAAGCCGAGCAUUAUCUAGACUGGAAGCUGGGCAAGCAUGGGAUUCGCAUCGAGUUCGUUAACGAACGUGGCUCGAAGCGCACUGCAACCUACUUACCUCAAGUUGCUACUGAACAAGGCUGGGACCAAAUACAAACAAUUGAUUCUCUCCUCCGAAAGGGGGGCUACAAAGCAGCCAUUACAGCUGACAUGCGACGGAGUAUUAAGCUGACUAGAUAUCAGUCGGAGGAAAUCUCCGCUUCCUACAAUGAUUAUAUCAACCAGCGUUGCUAG